AUGGGACUUCCUCAACAAGCCAGCCAUCGCUCCUCUCCUAAGAUCACUGCUGCUGCUCUACUUCAACGUCAUCUUCCUGCUGAACCGACUGCUGAGGAGGUUGAACACUGGGCUUCAUAUGCUGCCAAACAAACUCAGUAUUUAGAUGUCAAUAUUCAGGCAAAGAUGGAUGAGAUCUUUGCUAAGAACCCCUCUGCGACUGAAUUGGAGAUAGUUUUUCGAGAUGAAGAGAAGGAAAAGAAGUUGGUGUCCACACCAGGAGGAGGUGAAAAACUGGUUAUGAAAAAACAUACUGAGAGGGAGAAACUAGCUUUGAAAAACAUCAAGAAAAAGCUGUGUGAUAAACGGGCUGCGGCAGUUGAGCCCUACUUUCGUAACUUCUCUGGCCCAAUCAAAGUCCUCCUCAAGUCUCAAGAGGUUCAUUCUGAUACCGAAAUGGACCCAGAGAAGCCUGGCAAGUUUAGGAAAAUCAAGCUCAACUGGCGGACACCUCAGCUUGAUGAAUUGAUUCAACUGGCUGAUAAAGCAGCUCCCAACUGGGAGGGCACCAAAAAACAAAAUGACAAGUUGAUGGAAUUUUUCCAAUCUAGAGGACCAUAUUCACCAAAUGUGCCUGAUCCUGAGGAUCAGCUUCCUCCUAAGACUCUUCCCAAGUGCCUCAUCAAGCCAGAAAUACUUGCCAAAGGGAUUGAUGCGAUUACGAUUGAUAGUCUGGAGUUGUCCAACACCCAAGUUGAUCUCCAGUCUGCUAUUGACAUUUUGAAACAAAAGCUGGGGAAAGGCAAUGCAAUGACAAUUUCUUCCUCCUGA